AUGACUAUUGAAAACAACACAGACGAUUCAUCUAAAAUCAUACCCCCAAUAUACAGACAAAUGAGUGACCAGUCGACUAGACGAUCGCUUUUUUUAAUGUUUGCUAAAAGUCAAUUAUGACUUCGGUACCGCGGAAGUUUGAUAGAUGUAAAACAUCAAAGCGUUAUUGUGCUGAAAAACUCUGUUGCAAAUCCGAAAGAGCUGCGGCGACCUUUCACUGUGACGACUGUCGUACAGACCAAUGUUAUGAUUGCGUCACAAGUAUACACCAGUCCAGUCCAAAAUUUGAAUUUCAUGAGUGUUCUCAUAUAGUUCCUCCGUCGUUUGAUUUGCUUUGCCAGAUAUCAAAUGCUGAUAGCAGCCGACAGUGUACUGCUAUAAACUUCGCAGACCUUCACUGUGAAGUUUGCAAUAUCAACUUUUGCUUUACUUGUUUUGAGUUUUAUCACAGAGGACCUAGAAGAACACACAGGAAAACGAAUUUCAAAGAUUAUAAAUCUCGGGAAGCAAAGAAAAAGUUGGAAUCUAUCGUAAAGCCGACUUCUCCUGUUGAUAUCCAAGACACUUCCUUGACCUUUGUAUCUUGUCCACAAAUACAAGUUGACCAAGAAGUGACAAGCAGUAUGGAUUCUUUCAACAGCGCAAAUUCUAGAAACAGUCAGAAUGGAAGCAUGCCUGAUUUGUGCCUAAACUCAACCGAGAAAGACAUUAUUAACAUUGAGGAAGAACUGGCUGCUAGUCAAAUAGAUGAACAGCAUUACAGCAGUCAAAGUUUCAUGCUUCUUGAUGGUCAGGAAAAGUUACAGGUUGAUGAUAUAAAUGAAUUUUUGGUAAAACUUGGUUGUGAUGAAGAGGAACAAGUGAAAGUCGUAUCCAUCUUUGGAAACACGGGUGACGGGAAGUCCUAUACUCUGAAUUACACAUUUUUCGGUGGAAAAGAGGUUUUUCAGACUUCGGCCCAUCAAGACUCCUGUACUAUAGGAGUCUGGGCUUGUUACGACCCCGUCACUAAAGCCAUUGUGAUUGACACUGAAGGAUUUCUAGGUGCAACAGCAAAUCAAAACCAGAGAUCAAGACUUCUGCUGAAGAUCCUGGCAAUAUCAGACGUUGUUAUUUAUCGUACUCGCGCAGAACGUCUUCACAACGACAUGUUUCAGUUCCUGUGUGAUGCUUCUACAGCAUAUACCAAACACUUCUCUAGGGAGCUACAGGCCGCUGCCAAGCGAUGUCGAAAAAGUGUGGCAGACCUCCAUCCCUCUGUGAUAGUUUUCCACGAGACAACCAACACCAAAGUUCUUGGAGAAGGCAAUGGUGGUAAGCCUGCAGAGAGUGACCUUUUAGACAAGUUCCAGCAGCUGGAGUGUCCAAUGCAUUUUAAGGACCUGAAAUAUGUUGGGACAAGGACCAAAGGGACCAAAACAGACUUUAGACAAUUUCAAGCUGAACUACAACUACUACUGGAAAACAAGUCUCAUAGGGCUGCUAGAAAGCCAGAGGUUGUGUACAUGACACUUAAGAAUUUGAAUGACAAGUUCAGUGGUGAGAUUGAGAAGCCAGUGUUUGGAACAUUUCCUGACCAGAUGUUUACCUGCUCUGUAAAGUGUCUGUGUUGUGGGGAGAGUUGCUGUCACAGUAUGAAUCACAAGGCCGACCAGCCACACGACACAGACAAGCGAUGUAAAUACCAACAUCAGUUUGGUAACAAGGUCUACCUGUGUAAGCGGUGCUGGAUGGCAGGAAAACAGAACAUUGUGGUGCUUAAGACAUCUGAAUCAAAGGACAACGCUUGGAUGGGUUUUGCUAAAUACGUCUGGGCAGGGGAAAUUCUAGAGUGCCCCCACUGUGGUGUUAUAUACCGAAGUCGGGAGAAGUGGUAUGGCAACAGUGAGGCAGAGGAGGCUGUUACUGUAGAUAUUAGACAUGUAUGGCCUGAUGGGCUUCAGAACUUACAAGGUGCUCAGAACGCGGCCCGUAAAUUGGUGGAUGGUAUGCACUACAUCGCAGAUUCCAUCAGCAGUGUGGGGUCACGACCUACCAAGAUGUUGUCGGAUUGGAUGGCCGACAGAAUUGCUCCAGAUUACUGGGUACCCAACACACAGGUCAAGGAAUGCAGUAUUUGCUCUGUGAAGCUGGAGAAUGAACAGAAACACCAUUGUCGAGCAUGUGGGAAGGGCUUUUGUGAUGCUUGUUCAUCUCAUCGGAAACCAGUUCCAGAGAGAGGCUGGGGAGAGAGUGUUGCAGUUCGUGUAUGUAACAACUGUUUCAGCGCAGACAAGAUGACAGGCUCAGCUGACAGUACUGGUAGUAACUCCCAGACAACUGCCAGACGUGUAGGGGAAGCAGUGUCCUCAGCGAUUGGUGUGGCAGCCUCAACUUUCAACUAUCCACUGGACAUGCUGAAGGACACUGCUAGGCCAGCUUACUGGAUACCAGAUAUCGAAAUAAAGAACUGUUGUGUGUGCAAAGAGGAAUUUGGACCUAAGCGGGCUAUCCAUCACUGUAGAGCUUGUGGGAAAGGCGUGUGUGAGACAUGCUCUCCAAGUAAACUGCCAGUUCCUAUCAGGGGAUGGGACUACCCUGUAAGGGUUUGUAAGAAGUGUGAGGACAAGGCAGACCAACUGUGAUUCAAAUUGUCCCUUUCUGGGACCAGACACAUUAUAUUGAAUUUAGCGUCGGAACUGAAACAGGAAUCGCCCUGUCAGGGUAUAGAUAGUGUAUAAUGUGAAUGGCUGACUGUCAGAAGAGCGAAGAGGAAUGUUCCUGAUGAAUCUGAAGAUUUUUAGUCAGGCCAGCUGUGAUAGGAGAGGUGGCUAUGCACAUAAUAGACUGCAGAAUUAUGGGUGGAGUAACGUUGUAAAAGAUCACUUUUACAGUACUUUUAAUAAUGAUGAGGAACUUGAUUACUAUAAACGAAUAUUCAAAUACCUUACAGGUCAGUAAAAAAGAAGGGAAAAUUACUUUUUAAAUAUGAAUACAAUUAGUAAACAAAGACUAGGGACUUACAGUUCCGUAUUCUGAACCUGUUUCAGAAUCUCCAUUUGAUUGGUUCCCUCUGUCUCCAUUUGAUUGGUUCCCUCUAUCUCCAUUUGAUUGGUUCCCUCUGUCUCCAUUUGAUUGGUUCCCUCUGUCUCCAUUUGAUUGGUUAGCAGAUUCAGAAGCUGGAGAUUCCCUCAGUUUGUCUCUGGUGCUAUUGGUACACAGAUUGAGAAGCUCAAACUAUCAAGUUAAACUUGACUUUACUGACACCUGACUUUAAGGAUAUCCUGCACUGUUUGACAUGAUUUUGUGGCCCCAAGAUACUGACUUCUUUAUAUUUAGCCCUUAAUUUGCGACUACACUGUAUUGUUGGACAAUGAUUCUGUCUUUCUUGAUGUCAGUAAAGUCAAAAUUAACUGUAUGGUCUGGUGAAGGAAAACACAAGAAAUUGUAAUAAGGUAUUAACAUUCCUCUUUACAUUUCCAUAUCUGUAUUCAUCUUAAGAGCACAAGAACAAUUAGCAACAAUAUAUAGUUGUUUCAAUAUACUUUGUAUAUCAUUUUUGUCAUAUCAGCAAGGAUAAUCUCAGUUUACAUAAAGAGGGCUCCCACUAUUUUCAAAAUUAUUGAGAAGCAUUUCUUGGCGUAAUGCAUUAUUGAAAAAGGGAGUUUAUGGCAUACACACAGUAUGAUGUUAUCAAGCAAUUAUAGUCCAAUUGCUUUUGAUAUACCUUAAACUCCCAUCCCAAUGGGCUGUAAGCUAACCUGCAGCACAUGGUUUCUUUAUGAGGUUUGGGACAGGUCUAUUUUCAAAGCCCUGCGUGCUGUCAGCUUUUUACCUUACCUCGUCAUGUCAAGUCUUUAUAUACUUCCACAACGAUACCUUUAAUGACCAUCAGGUGAAUUAGCAGUAGAAAUAGUGUGAUAGGUGAAGUUGUGUGACUAAAUGUGGCUAUAUGUAAUGCAGUGUUGGAAAUAACUCAUUGUGGUUGUGGUGCCGUGGUGAGACUGGACUCAUAGACAAUCACCAAGAAAUACUAAAAUAGAAUCAUAAUGCGUUAUAUCUUUUAUAUAAUGAAUUAUUGCAAAAAAACAAGUGGGAACCCAUCUUUAUAUUUCAUGAUUUUUUUAUUGAUUUUGUUUUGUUCAUUCUUUUCCAGAAUUGAUUUCAAAUUUAAAUAGCAUGAACAUAUUUAUUCAUGAACAUUAACACAUAAAUCUGUUAUUGAUUAAAGUGUGAGUUUAAAUCCUCGUCCUUGUUGUUCCAAGCCCGAUAGCUGAGUUUUGAGAAAUAUCUGAAAGUUUGUAAUUAUCUUUGAGUUUCUUGCCUUCAAAUGAUCAUUUUGACUCUCCGUACAAAAAAAAAGUCAUGUAAUUUUAGAUGUGAAUUUCACCAAUUUUUAUACUAGAUUUCCAUUUUUCACUUACUUGCUGUUCAUCUAAAUCAGGCUUCGACUAGCAGUAUCCUGGUGAAUACAUUAAAGUCCUGUGCACCAUAAUCGGGAAAGAAAGUAUAUAAUAUUUACACCAGAAAAUAUAUGAAUGACAGUAUAUAGCACUGGUAUGUAGGGCUGCAGCGAUACAUUAACAUGAAGAUACGAUACGUAAGACAGGUUGCAAAGUUUUAAUGGCAAUAUUACAUCUGGAAAUAGACUUGGUCCAAAAUGAGCAUGCCUUUAAAGUUUCACACAAUUCACGUCUUUUGAUGUGCAUGCCGAGCUGGAGCUGUCCACACCAUAUUGGAAUGGAUAUGAGUAGAUUAAGUCCAGAAACAACAAAAUCCAGAAAAUAUCGUAAGUGUAUUGUGACCUCCCAAAAAAAAUUGUACCGUAUUCAAAAUAUUACAACGUAUCGUUACAGGAUAUAUUGUUGCAGCCCUACAUGUAUGUAUAGGGUACUUUGAGAACAAAGGCAUAUAACCUUCUUAUGUAUAUAACAUUUGUGUAUUAUUGUAAGAUCACACUCAAUCAAAUGUGAUGGUGUGUGCUUUUGAUAAGUACACAGUCUCUUUCAGUGAGUUUAUCUGGUGUCUUUGCAGUCUGAUAAAAAUACAGAUGCUGAUUUAUCACCAAAGGUACAUAUAGGUGAUAAAUUAACAUCUGUAAUUUAAGCAGAUUAUUGUCUUUGGUAAAGACACCAGUCAAUCUGUCAGAUAAUGUAAAAUGUAUUCCAUUCUACCCAGCAUUCCCUGUGUAAAUGUAUUCCAGAAUAUUCUGUCAUCAUACAUUAACAUAAUUAUGUAAAUAGUUUUGACAUUUUAUACAUGAUAUAUGAUUAAGAUUUAUCUCCUAAUUAAGUGUACUCAUGAUAUUUAAUGAUUUAAAGUACCAAUAUGUUGCCAAAAUGUUAAGGUAUAUACUGUUUGAUAAAUAAAUUAGUACAGGAUAAUCAUCUGGGUGUUUUUUUCACAAGGAGAACACUUUUACGGUUUUGUAGCUCAUCUACUUGAUCACAGGAAUUUUAUUUGUAUAACAUUAACGACAGGUGAAAAUUUCUUUGCAAAAUGCUUUUGCUGUCUCAAAAAAUUUGCUUUAUGUUUUAAUUUGAAGUAUACAAGUUAAAAACAAAAGAACAAAAGAAAAAGUAUCAUUACUAUUCAUUGAAGUUCAUGUGUAUCAUGUGGGAUAUUGGGGGCUAGAUAAUCUGUCCUUCCAAAUACUGUGCCUAGAAUUUUGUAUUCAUGUUUCAUUAUUGAUACCAAAUCAAGUAUUUCAAAAAAAUCAGGCAUUCAGAAGGAAAAGAAACUUCAUGUGUUAGAUUUAUUUUAAUGGUACAAUGCGUCGUAUGGUGUUCAUAUUUUAUUGUAUGAUUCAGUGUUCUUUGAUUUAUAUGUUUUAGAUAUGUUUCAUACUGAAUGGCUUGGUUGAUUUUAACAAGUUUUGUAUCACAGUAGUGUUUCUGUGCAGUGUACCUGUCAACCUAUAUAACCCACAAUGCCAAGUAAGCUAAUUCAAUGGUGCCGAUUCCAUUCUUCAUCAUAUUGUUUCUGAAUACUUCAUUUUUCAACUUUUCUAUGUUUUAGUAUUUCAUCAUGCUGCAGUUAAUUAAAUAACAGUUUCAAAAUAACUUAUAAACAUUAAACCCAACAAACAUUUUUUUUUUUACCUCUUGCAUGUUCAGGUUGUUUGACAAUAGAAAAUAUAUAUAAGCUGUAAGACAUUUAUAUUCAUACCUGCAGUGAACAACAAGAUGCUUCAAGAUUCAACUCUAAAUCAAAAUACCAUUCAUAACAGAUAUUUUCCACAGAAUUAAGAUUAUUAUCAAAACCUGUACUAAACUGUAACAAAAGAAUCUAUCGCUGCCUACUAUAAGAAAUGCUUCUCUACUUGAUGUACACCUGACAUGUGUAAUUAAGAUGUAUUAAACUUGACUUACUUGGAGCCAAGGGUAUUAUUUAUCAACAAGAAUUAGUGUAACUUAAUAUUGGAAUACAUAUAAGUGCAAAUUUAGGAUGUUAGAAAAAUUUCUUCAUAUUACUGCAAGUGUACUUACUUUAGCGCACUCCGACUUUAGCACUUUAUCAUAUUGUUAAAGAUUGGCCCAUUAAUGAAUUGGUAUAACUGAAAAUAAGGCAAUAGGAAACAAUAUACAUGCAGGAACUUCAAUUAGCUCAGUCAUAAUUUAGCACAAUAUUUAAAGCACAUGACGGUGCUCUAAAAUAAAUCUACCGCUAAUAUUUGUACAUUUACAGUAUAUGAUUGUCACCCGGUUGGUGCUAUCCACUUCCUACCGACUCGGCUAGAGAGAAUUUCUCUUUAUCUUAUUUGGUAGAGUGUAAGACUAGUAAACCAGAGGUCUCAGGUUUGACUCCUAGCGGAGGCAUUGAAUAAAAUAAAGACCUGUUACAUGACAAUGAAUUGAAAUUGAGAGAUUUUCUGUUAUCACAUUCAAGGUAAUCAUAUGGACCUUUACAAAAUCCAUGUUUCUUUAAUAGAACUCACUACCACCUAUAUUAUCUAUUUAAAACUACCCACAUGUUCUUGUAAGAGUAAAUAGAUCAAUUGAAAUAAUUAAUUCGUGUAUAUACACAUUGUAUUACAGAAAUGAUCAUCUUUUGAUGAAUUUGACAAUUGUAUGAUACAUGUACAUAUUUAUAGUUGAUUUUUGUUUGUAUACUUCAAAGUGUUUAAAUGUCCAACACUAAUGUGAUCUGUAUUUAUUCCAAGUUCUAUGAAUUUAUGGUAAACAUCGUGAUCUCUGACUGGCUAAUGAAAUAAAGCUGUCCCGAAAGGAUCUGGCUGUGGUCACCUACAAGUAGGCCUACAAUAGCAGAUUCCUAAGUCCAGGGGUCCCAGAAGAGUUUGUAAAACACCUUUGAAACACAAGGUACCUUUAAGGAUAUACAGUGUACUUACCAGGUAUAAUAUUGGGUGGAGGAGGUUAACUACCAGCAGUUAAAUAUUCCUGAUCUUGUACAAGUACAGAUUGAGGUACAUGUAAAUGACAUACAUUGAACUGGUUCAUAAACUACAUAUAUAUACAUUAUAUACAGGAUAUACAUUUAUAUUGCAAGACAAAAAAUGGCUUCAUCUUUCAUGUUUUGUACGAUUUGGGUACAUUGUACAUGUAUGUACAACCCCCAUCAUGGGCUUUGAAGAAGAUGGUUAAAUAGGCAAAGACAUUGUUACUUUGUUCGAAAUGUUCUUGUAUAACAAAUAACAUUGUUAACAUGGGUCAUCACUUUUAAUAGUUUGUUUUCCUGAGAUAAGUGGAAAAAAUGUCAUUUGUAUAUAUACCAUAUUUGUUUUUUUGAUCAUGAAUAUGUUAUUUGUAUAGUGCAAUGACAAUUGUUAUGUUUUUAUGUUUAUUGUUAUUUGAUUGGGAUAUAAAUACACUGUCACCUUCUACCAGCCGAAUGUUGGUUGUGAAACUGUGGUACAGACUAGGAACAACAGAUGUAUUGUCAUGUAGACAUGACAGAAUAUUGUCAUAUUGUUAUGUAGCUAUGACAGAAAUAUUCUCAUAUUGUCAUGUAAACAUGACAGAAAUAUUGUCAUAUUGUCAUGUAGACAUGACAGAAAUAUUGUCAUAUUGUAAUGUAAUUAUGACAGAAAUAUUGUCAUGUAGUCAUGACAGAAAAAUUGACAUAUUGUUAUGUAAUUAUGACAGAAAUAUUGUCAUGUAGUCAUGACAGAAAAAUGGACAUAUUGUCAUGUAGCCAUGGCAGAAAUAUUGUCAUAUUCAGAAGACUGCUAUGAUUUUAACAUGUAACCAUGGAAUUUGCGAAGUUUUUUUUAUAAAGUCAUGUCAAAUGAACAUUAUUGAUAUAAUUAGGGCCCCGUGUUGGAGAUAAGGGUGCCCUACAGUAAUCACUCUGUCUGUCCGUCCAUUUGUCCACAAAUUUUGUUCCUGGCUGAUAACUUUGGUAUUUAUUGACUG